GGUCUUUGUCAUCGAUUUUGUUUCCAGCUCUUUAACAUCGUUGUUUCAUUAAUCCCUGCGGAAAAUAAAAAAACCACACAGAGAACUGGAAGUUGAAAUCCUUAUUUCAAGGUUUCGAAAUACAUCUAUUUCAAGGAUAUUGUAAUUUAUAAAAAAAAACACAUCGAUUGGCAAUUAAACCAGUGCAUUCCCAAACUCAAAGUGCGCCAACAUGCGAGGUUGAUAUUCAUGACCAGAAAAAAGGAGCUCAAAUCCGACGAGUUAUUCUAAAUUGUUCCAACCCAGCCACUGGUGCACAGAUCAAGCACAGACCGUAAAGAAUACCAAGAUAAUGUCGGCCAAGCGCAAGGCUGGUGGCAAUGGAGCUGGUCCUAACAAGCGGCGUCCAAAGAAGAAGGAGUCUGACUACGAGGACGAAUUUAGCGACGAAUCGGAUGAGGACGGAGUGCAACAGCAGGCGGCGGGCGCUAACCAAAUGGAGGUUCUAAUUCCGCACGACGACCUCAACCCACCCAGCAAGCUGCCCGAUGAUUUACUGGCCACUUUGGAGAAGACCCCAGGACAGAUGCUGCUUGCUGGCAUGGUAACUUGGGACCUAACAGGCAAGCGAGACCGCAAAAACGUUACCAAGGUGCGCCCGAAUCUAUACAGCUUUCACAGAUUCACUGGCGAGAAGUAUCGUUAUGUGGCCAGCGGACCGAGUGCCGCCCACACCAUUGUCAUUAACAUGGAUCGAAAGGCGCUCGGUUUUGGACGCAAUCCCAGUGGUCAGCUGGGCCUAAACCAGGACAUAAAGUUGGCGGAGUGGCCCACUCUUAUUCCGGCCCUGGAUCAGCUAAACAUAGUGCAGGCAGCUGUUGGCCGGCACCAUACUUUAUUUCUCACUGACACUGGAACUGUAUACGCCUGCGGCGAGAACAAGUCCGGACAGUGCGGUGUGGGCAAUACUCACGCCAACAUCUACUCACCCACACCGAUUAACUACAGAGGACCGCCUAUUAUUCGAAUCGGAUGCGGAGCUGAAUUCUCGGUCAUUCUGGACAUCAAGGGCAGCCUGCACACAUUCGGGCUCCCGGAAUACGGCCAACUGGGCCACAACACGGACGCCAAGUACUUUGUAAACGCCAACAAGUUAUCAUUCCACUUUGAGACAUCACCCAAGAAGGUGGUUCUAUACAUAGAGAAGAGCAAGGAGGGUCAUGUGACGCCAGUCGAUGGUGUGCAGAUAGUUGAUUUUGCCUGCGGCAACAACCACACGGUGGCUAUCGACUCUAAGAAACGCGUCUACAGCUGGGGUUUUGGUGGUUUUGGGCGUCUAGGACAUGCAGAGCCUAAGGACGAGAUGGUUCCGCGAUUAAUGAAGUUUUACGAUACACAGGGUCGGGGUGGGCGCAGCGUCUACUGUGGGUCCACGUUUAGUCUAAUAGUCAAUGAGCUGGGCUUGCUCUUCCUGUUUGGCCAGAAUAAGAAAACAGGCGAGGCCAAUAUGUAUCCAAAACCAGUUCAGGACUUGUCCGGCUGGAAUAUCACUGACAUUGGUUGUGCCAACACAUCGAUUAUAAUUUCUGCCGACGACACACUCAUUGCCUGGGGCGCAUCGCCAACGUUUGGAGAGCUUGGCAUCGGCGAAUUUCAGAAGUCGUCGACGGUACCUAAGGAAGUGCCAAAGCUCGACAACAUUAAAAUACCUCAGGUUUCUAUGGGUUACUCUCACACGGUUUUGCUGGUGGACACCAGUCACGAGGCCACAAAGCAAAAAUACGAGAAGAUACCCGAGUACACUAUAGAUGAUUAAGUGGCAAUCAGUUUUGCAAAUGCUGUUACAAACAAAUGUACCGCUGCCAUCACACAUCAAUACUUCUUCGCUCAGGAAACCCUGAGAACUUAUCAUUGAAAGUCUACUGCUACUUAGCGAAAGUAAAACUAAACAAAUCCAGUAAAUUAAAUACUAUACGUUAAAAGUUCAUUAAUACGCUAAGCUCGCUAUCUAUAAUUAUCUCAAAUGACGUAUACUAUGUAUUUUGUUUUAAAACUUUAAUUUAUUUUCGUAACUGAUAAAACCUCGCUCCUAACAUAUUCCCUUCUAUCUAUAAUUUAUUGCCGCGCACCCUUACGUUUAAAUCCAUUAACGGUCCAUUAUUCACUUUUAAUUUUUAUUUUACACGUAACGAGAUACAGUAUUUUGCAUUCAAUUCGAAAAGUGUGAGCAAAACAGACAUCAAGCGCUUAAGUUUCAUAUUAAAAGUAUACCAUGUAAGCGAUUAAAUACCAUUUGAAACUAUUAAUUGGUACUUAAUUCAUUCACACAAAAAAUUAAAUAAAGAGAAUGCUAGUACUUAGACUGAAA